AGUUGUGGCUUCAUCAGCCUUUUACAAUGACAUAUUUUCGAGUUGCUGUCCUCACAGUCAGCCUUUGCUAUGCACUGGCAUAUGACUUCACCUAUCCAAAUAAAAAUGAGGUUACGGUUAAGUGCGAGAGCGCCGAGGCACAGAAUUACAUCAGGAUCGGUGAGCACCACUACUAUAUAGGAAGAUCACAAGCUAGCUGGAUCGAAGCAGCACAUUUAUGCCGUCAAUAUGGUGGCGAUUUGGCCCUGAUCGAAUCGGCUGCAGAGAUGAAUGCCAUUUCAAAGUAUCUACUAGAGAAGGGAUAUGGCAAUGAUGACAAUUUUUGGAUAUCAGGCGACGAUUUUGUCUCAACUCACAAGUUCAUGUCUUUAACAAAUGGAUUGCAACUGCCAUUCACCGAUUGGUCUGCUGGUCAACCAGACUAUCCUGGUCGUGAGCACUGUGUUCAUUUGUGGCUGCGGUCGUCUACCUAUAAAAUGAACAACAAUAUGUGCGAACGAAAGUUAUCCUUUAUAUGCAAAAGACAGAGCUAUACUCGGUGCAGGGACAUUUAUUAAGCUUAUCCUUAAUAAUUUCAACAAUCAAACGUUAAAGCUGAAUUGUAACAUCUCCACUCAUAUUGUUGGGGAAUCCAAAAUUUUGUAAUAUAUCAGAACAUUUAAAAGCUCAAUAAACUGCAAAUAAUAA